GAAAAGAAUCUCCACUUUCGGUUUCCAAUUUUUUUCCGGUUUAGAGUUGCGAUUAUCAUGAAUCGUUGUUGGAUGAUCGGCGAAAGGAGCGUUAUCUACUUUUGGAGAUGGUUGAUUGAUUCGUUAGUGACGGCGGAGGAGGUGUUGUGGCUUGUUGUGCAUCUAUUUAGAUGAGGAUUUGAGUUAGCUGUGUUUAAUUGCUCUUUCUCUGAUGAGUGUCUCUUUCUCUUGGUUGACGAAUCAAGAGCUUUUCUAAAAGCCAUGGCUUGUGAACUCAACACCGUCGUGUCACCAUGAACUGGCAUUAAGCUAGUUACAGCUUCUGCUCGCACCUUUUUCUAGCGUUUUUGCUGAAAACUUGCAUGUACAUGGAGCUUGUAGCUGUUGGCAUGCGAAUCGGUCCACAGACUUGAAAAUUGGAAAAGACUUAGUCGUUCACGGUUAGCAGAAACUAGAAUUGGCUGUCCUAGAUUUUUUUGUAUUGGGUCAGUGAAUGGAUUGAGCCCGAGGGCAUGGUUACAUUGGCGAUGUGUUCGGCAAUAAAGGAAUUCCAAGUGCGCUUAGAGAAAUACUGGUAUCUUUCCUGUGUGAACAGAGCUUCAUGUGCUCUUUCCUGGAUCAAUAUAAGUGGGAUGCAUUUGCUUUCAGCCUUCAUUGUACAGUCUCUAGCUCAAACAUCUGGUCUCUGAUGGAUUAUCCUGUCCACAGCUCAUUUCCUUCUCUCAAUCAUCCGUUUAUGAUUGGGGAUUCCAUUUAAUCUCUAAGUUACUCCUUGAGGGUGCCAUUUCUUUUAGUCAAUGUAGGGCUGCCUAUUGCAGUAAUAGAACUUUUCCAUUAAGUUCUAGAAGUGGUAACAUCCUUAUCAAUAACAAGACUUCUUGGACUAGAUUCCUAAUUCAAGGCCUUGUCUAUAAAUAAAAAGAAGGGAUAAGUGCAUUAGAAGUCCUAAAACUUUUCAUAAAAGUGUAGUCAGGCCCUAAAACUUUCAAAAAAUGCAAUCAAGUUUUAAAACUUUGAACAAGUGCAAUCAAUGGAAGGACUUGAUUGAACCAAACUUUUUUGCGCUUUGUGAAAGUUUUAGAACUUGAUUGCACUUUCAUGACAAAUUUUAGGACUUAUUAUGCACUUAUCCUAAAAAGAAAGGAGAAAACUCUAGUAGUGACUGGUUAAGCAUAGACAUUCUUAGAGUAAUUUCUUCAUCGCCAAAUAAACGGAUGACCUUUUAUGUUUUCUGUUUUUCCUUUGUUCAAAUUGUUAUAUUUUCUGCAUUCAUUUCCAAGUUUGCAGGAUCGAAUGUAGUAAGCGACAGUUCCUUCUUUCAGAAUGUCAAAACCACAUGCAGAAACUGGGACAGAAACAGCGAAUGAUGGUGGAUAUCGUGCUGUGGCAUUCUCAUAUGGAAAUCCUAAUGAUGCCAUGGAUCAGAAGACAACAGAUGCUGAUUCUGGAUACUGUCCUCCAUUCCCAGUUCCGGAAUAUUUGCUUCAGAACCUGCCUCCAACUGAGAAGGUACAUCAGAUCAUUGCAAGAACUGCCAUGUUUGUUGGUAAACAUGGUGGGCAAUCAGAGAUUAUUUUGAGGGUGAAACAGGGUGACAACCCAUCGUUUGGGUUCUUGAUGCCGGAUCACCAUCUUCAUGCAUACUUCCGGUUUCUUGUUGAUCACCAAGAACUUCUUAACUCUGAUGCGGAAGAAAAAUCUAUAGAAGGCGAGAAUACAGUGGAUGGUGGGCAGGAGGAUACUGGUGGUGCACUGUCUUUGCUUGGUGCUACAUAUGGAUCUGGAGAGGAUGAAGACGAAACAACUGAGCUGAGGCCUGAACUGGAAGAAGACAAGCCUAAGGAAGUCAAUGUUGUUACUGAGCCCAGUUCUGAUGGAUUGGACUGUAAAGAGUCAACCACUGAUGUAGCUGGGAAGGAAAAACCAAUUUUGAAACAGCCACCACAUUCAUCUACAAAAGAAAAAGCUUCUGCAGUUAAAAAGAAUCGCUCUACUUCUACAGUUAAAGCUGGAGCUGAAUGUGCAACAAAAAAAGGUGGUGCAACCUUGUCCAAUACUGCUGCUAUGAAGACUUCUUUACCAAGUUCAAAGAAGGUUGAGCAAAUCUCUUUGGAGCCUCCAUCUGAUGUGAAGCGAUUGGUCGAUAAAAUAGUGGAGUUCAUUGUGAAAAAUGGAGAGGCAUUUGGGUCUGUUCUAAUUGAGCAAGAUAAAAACCAGGGCAGGUUUCCCUUUCUUCUGCCGUCUAAUCAGUAUUAUCCUUACUACUUGAAAGUGCUUCGAAAAGCUCAACAGUCAAAGUUACCAGGAAAGAAAUUGAGUCCGGAGAAGAUUGAUGCAGCAGGUCAUGAGGUGGAAAAGAAUGCUGCACUCUUCAAGGACAGCGAUAGUCAAUCAAUUGGAUCAGAUAUACCAUACGAGUCAGACCGCAAAGGGAAGUUUAAGAUGGUAAUUGGCAAGAGUAAGAAGGACGGUCAGGAUCAACCUUCCAAAGACCACCAACAGCAAAUGGGGGUAAGUGUUGAUGCAGCUGCGGCUGUUGCUAUACUUCAAGCCGCUAGACGGGGAUUUAAGAAUCCCACUCUGGGUGGCUUCCCAAAAAUGUCAUUAGAUGCUAACAGUCAUGCACAAGGCAGUGAGAGUGCAGAGGCUUCAAGCUUUGCCCCUCUCGAAAAUUCAGAUAAGAAAGCUGAAAAUAGUAUUUCUCUCCCAUCUGACGAGGCUAUUGCAAGGACUGCAGCUGUUGUGGCUGCGAGUGAGGCGGACUCCUCUGAAGCAUGCUUGACUAAAGAACAGAAGCUAAAGGCUGAAAGGUUGAAACGUGCAAAGAUGUUUGCAGCCUUGUUGAAGAGUGGAGCUGCACCAUCAAAGACUCAACUAUCACGAGGCUUGUCGGUUGAGCCACCUGACUCUGGAGUUUCUGGUUCAGCUGGGGUUCCAAAUGCUUCCGGCCAGGAAAGAGAGGGCGGUUCCUUUCCAGCUGACUUUGGCAGCUCAGAUAUCAGUCAGAAGUCUGAAAGAAAAGCAUCAGGGAAUGAGCAAAAUGAACGACGUUCAAAGAGAAAGUACCGUUCAAGAGCAGAAAGACACAAAGAAGAGGAAGAUGAGGAAGGGCAAGAGGAGGAGGAAGAAGAAGAACAAGAAGAGAGUGGAGAUAAAAAUGAAGAGAGGGAUCACAAGCACUCAAGGAAGAAGAGACGAUCUCACGGUUCACACCGCAGUAAAGAGAGGCAUGGGCACCGGAAAGGACAUUCUUCUUCUAAGGACAAAGAGUCUUGGCAUAGGCACAGAGAUGAUAGCUCGGAUGACAAACACCAUCAGCAUCAACAUGAUAGCCUUGAUAACGAGCAGCGGCAUCACCGUCACCGGCAUAGACAUGAUACCUCUGAUGAAGAGCAGCAGGAUAGCCGUCAUCGGAAUAGACAUGACAGCAGCAUUGAUGAUAAGCAUGAUGGCUCUUCUGAUGACAGGUGGCGGCAUAGCCGUUGUUGGAAUAGACAUGACAGCUUUGAUGAUAAGCAUGAUGGAUCAUCUGAUGACAAUAAGCAUAAGCCCCAUCGUCGGCACAAGCACAAUGGCUCUUUGGACGACGAGGAGCAGCACCGCAGGAAUAGCCGCAGACAUCGUGACUACUCCGACAACGAGACAGACCGUAAUAAAUCCAGGAAGCAUAGGAAAUCUCACUCAGGAAGGAAGGAGUUGGAGGAAGGGGAGAUAAGUGCAGGAUCGGGCGAGUCGAAAGCGCCUGGGACUGAUGGAAUUGCAAGAGAAGCAUCAGCGGGUUUAUCAAAUACGUCUCAAGCACCGAGGGCACCAUCUCAGCCCCCUGAGGCCUCUGAGGUUCCCAAUGAUCUUAGAGCAAAGAUUCGAGCUAUGUUGAUGGCAACCAUGUAAAUUCUCAGGAUGUCGACUCUUCCAACGUAUUCGCACGCCUGGAUGUAAAUUAAGCAAAUUAAGGGAGAUCAUCGUCAUCUGUCAUAUGUCGUGAGAUUUACUUAGCCUUCUUUCUUUUAUCGAAAUUGUAUGUAAUCUUUUCAAGCAGUUUGUAUCUCUGUUAAUUGAAACAAUUUAGGGAUCUAUUAAUUGGUGCAUGAAAUGAUCCCAUCCUACCUCAUGAGAAAUGGGCUUGGAGAA